AUGGCGCCCGCAAUGUAUCGCUUAGUGCGAUUGUUGUUCAAAAUAUCGGCCAAUGCGUUCUACGAAAUUGAGGUGGAUGGGACAGAGAAUAUACCGCCGGACGGAUGCCCAACAUUAAUCUGUCCUAAUCACUCAAAUUCCUUAACCGACCCUAUUUGCCUCUUGAGUUCAAUUCCAAAGAAAAAACGAGAUAUGACCCUUACGCGCAAUAAAGAUCGAGAGGACUUUUCAAUUAACUUAUUAACGGUUUCAAUAGUUUACAUACAUCGAGAAAAAUUUAGAUCAAAUGUAUUGGUUAAAUUUAACCCGCCCAUCGUUCUCACGCCAAAACAUCACUCACUCUUAAAAAAUAUAACCAGCGAUGAGCAAAGAAAGACUAGCGAGGACGCAAUACGUGAAUUAACAAGUGCAAUGGAGCAGAUGGUGCGUUCAAAUACUCUUGAUGCACCCAGUUGGCAGACUUUAAGGAUAGCACAUACUGCUAGAAAAUUGUACGCGGGCGACCUCGGGACUCGCAUCUCCUUAGCCGAAUAUGUGCGCCUUACAAAAAAAUUCAUAGAUGCACUCUCGAAAGUUGAAGCUGAAAAUUCGGUUGUUAGCAACGAUAACGAAGAAGCGAACGUCGAGGAAAAGGAGAUAAUCGUCGAACGCAUUGAUGCUGGAAAUCUAUUGCACGUUCGUGGUGAUCCCGGUCAUAAAAAUGAGGAUCGACCAAGCGUAGACUUGGACUCAUUGACAAAAGAUUUGGCCGCGUAUCAAAAUCUUCUUGAUUCGUAUGGAAUAAAGGACUACAGAUUUAGUCGUUCCACUCAACUUUCAAAGCCCGAACUCGGUAUUCGUGAAGAAAUCAAAAGUAGGGUUCAAGAAUUAGCGGUGAAUGAACUUGGUUUACCAGAAAAUCCCGAAAGUUUUAUUACUAAAACGAGGCCGAGAGGGAUGGGCUACUUCUCUAUUAAACGUAGGAGAAAGAAGGAUUACAAUGAAGUUUUGAGACUGUGGGACGUUUCGGCCUACGAUUAG